UAUAUGUAUAAUUUUAUAAUAGUAAACAGACAGCGUGUGUGUGUGUGAUUUACGUCGCAAACUAUCGACAACUAGUCGUCCUCGAUAGUCUCAUUUCUUCUAUCGUGGAGACAUAUUUACUUCUUUGUACAUUCUUCUCUCCUUUUAGAAAAAGAACAAAGCCGAAUAUAGUGAUAUAUUGCUUUAUUAAAUUUAUAGCAAGAUUAUUUGAAAAAAUCGCGUAAUCGUCUACAUGAAUAAUGCUGGCAUAAAAUCAGAUCAAUCUUUCGAGAUUAAGUUAAGAAACAUGGAAAGAAAAAGAUAAUUUGAGUUUACUAUAUGUGUAAAUAUUGCAUUUAACACCUUUCAUUCUUACAUUUAAUAUAAAACAUAAAGUGUGCAUACAUUUAAUAUAGAAUUUUUUAAUUUAAAAAAUUUUAAAUCUUAGUGAGAACUAAUGAUUACUGAUAAAUUGGACUGAUUUAAUUAUUUACUUAUUCUACAGUAUAUCCUUAUGAAACAAUGUGUCAAAAAAAAUUAACGUUUUUGUGUUACGGAUUUUUUCUCCUCAUCACUUCAACAAAAUCUCAGCAAAAUUUUACCAACAAUGAGAAGAGAGGUGAUAAUUUGACAAUGCAAUAUGAAGCAGACACGGAUUCUACAACAAUUUACAGCGACGAAAUAAAAUCACCGCGAUAUCAUAUGUAUGAGAAGUUUGCCAACAAUACACAAUACGUUCACAAUCAUGAGGAUGAUGAUCAAGUAUCGAUGAGCUCUCACAUCAAUUCGACAAAUGUCAAUUAUAAGGAAAACUCAACGUUACAGGAAGUUUAUGAAAAUCUCCUUGAAAAGAAUGAUUCCAUGUCGAAUGAAGUCUUUGAAAAUUCCAUUAAGGAUAUUGAACGUAACUUCAUUUCAUACGAAAUGUGCCAUAAUAUUACUUGCAUUCAGCUCUGCUGUCCUCUUGGAACUAGUAUGAUCGAAGGCACCACAUGCGUUCCAGAUAAAACUAGAUACGAAUUUCCACAAGUGUACGAAUACGAGAACGAUUCAAUCCAGAACGAGAAUAAAAGAGAGGAUGAAUUGUUUCGGUUUGCCGUUUACGAUCCGUGCUUGGAAACUCAACGUUACUGGGUGGAACGGGGUCAUCAGCACAAUUAUAAGAUUUUUGCCAAUGGAUCUAUUUAUUUAUCUUUUUAUAAAAUAUUAUUCAAAUCGACAUCAUAUUGUAUCGUUCAUUUCCUAGACAGUGGUACCAAGUUUGAAGUGACUUUCUGUUCAAAAACUUAUAAUCAAAUUUACAGGAACGCGAUGAAGUACCAGCCUGAGUUUGUCCGGGUACAUCGUAUAAUAAAUAUAUAUGCCAGCAUGCUAUUAGUGUGUUUAUUAUUUUUGUUACCAAUAUUUAUAGUGUAUUCCAUAUUACCAGAACUCCGAAAUGUACACGGCUUCAUGUUGCGCAAUUUCAGCUUAGCUGCGUCCAUCGCAAUCACAAUUAAGGCACUGAAACUAAUAUAUUUCCAAGCAGAAAUGACCUAUCCCGCCUGUAUUACAAUUGCAUACUUGAGAUAUUUUUUGCUUAUGUCGAAUUUCUUCUGGCUAAGUACAAUGAGUUUUAAUAUGUGGUGGACAUUCAGGGGAUUUGCUUCGUUACAAAAAAACGUCCGACAAUCUGGAAACAAACGUUUGUUGUAUUAUACGAUUUUUGCGUACGGUUGUCCAUUUAUACUUGGAAUUAUUUGUGUCAUUGCCGUGGAUUUUUUUUCCAAGUAUAUACCAAAAAAUUUGAGACCAGAAUUCGAGACAGGAAAUUGCUGGUAUAAUGCUGCCCAUGCUGAAGCAUAUGUGCUGUAUUUUUACUGGAUCAAAACGGCAUGUAUCGUUAGUAGCGUUUGCUUAUCGAUCUCUGCGGCAAGAAAUAUCAAACGUUACGAAAAGGAUACAAACUUUCGUCUAUCAGAUUCGGAAAGUAAGCGAUAUAAUGACGACAAGAAAUGGUUUACUCUAUAUAUGAAGUUAUUUAUCGCGAUGUUUAUCAUAAUGGCCCUGAAUUGGUGUGUCAUUACAAUGACAUGGUCGUUUAACAAUCGUACAUAUUAUUAUUUAUUAUAUGGUGCUGGUUCGUUAGAGAUAUUGCAGAGUUUCUGUAUCUUUAUUAUAUUUGUUUGGAAGAAGAAGAUCAAAAUGAUGUUACUGAAACGAUUUGGGUACAAGACAAAUGCAUCGAACACUUAACCAUCAUGUAAAAGGUGUUUAUGCAAGAAAAGUCGAGCUCUUGCAAAGAAGAAAAUGUUUACAAAAGAUUGUUUGAUGGGACUGAAUUCUAGUGUUGCAGUGUAUAAAUAAAGUGUUUUAUCGCAGAUCAUGAA